AUGGGAGGUCAAGAAGAACGAGGACGACGUCCGCCGCCCGCACUGCCUCCAGGGCAAAGCAGUGCAGUAGGGCCAAGUGAAGCAGAGCCUGAAGAAGCCCCGCCGCCAUAUGAGCUGGUUGCGCAUCAACAGAGAGCCUUGGAGAAGGCAACCGCCGACAACCCGUCCGCCUCAGGUACUGCGCUUGGACACAAUGACCCCCGAUCUUCGUCACAGCAGUCUUUGGCCCCCGAGCCUGGAGAGCAGAACGAGAGACGCAGGUUGCUUUUGAUUUACAUUCAUGGCUUCAUGGGCAACGAGACCAGCUUUCGAAGCUUUCCAGCUCAUUUGCACAACCUGCUGGCUGUGCUACUGGAACAAACUCAUGUCAUACACACCAAGAUAUACCCACGAUAUCGCUCCAAGGGACAUAUCAGCAACGCACGAAACGACUUCAGCAAAUGGCUGGAGCCACACGAAAGCCCUUCGACCGAUGUCGUACUACUAGGUCACAGCAUGGGCGGGCUUCUCUCUGCUGAAGUGGUCCUCAUGCCCUCCAGCAGGCCUUCUUCUCAACCCCUCAACCAUCGCAUUGUUGGCACAAUCAACUUCGAUGUGCCUUUUCUUGGAAUGCAUCCAGGCGUGGUCAAGAGUGGACUUGCAAGCAUUUUCAAAGGUUCUGAGGAGCCACCUGGGGAUAGAUGGGAGGACCAACUGCAGGAUCCAAAAGAGAACGAAGGUCCAAGCCAACCCCAACGUCCCACCACCCCGGCUUCACGACUCGACACGUUCUGGGACAAGGCAGAUCCGAAUUUCAAUCCCAAGUUCACCAACGACGUGAUCUUGCCGGUGCGAAAAGGCUGGAAGAAUGCCUUGCAUUUUGUCAACAAGCACUCUGAUGAUUUGAUCAAAUCGACCAAGAAACUGAUCUCGUCACACAUGGAGUUUGGAGGUGCCAUGGCCAACUAUGGCGAACUGAAGACGCGGUACUCGAGAGUCAGAGCAUUGGAGGUAGAAGACGGCCGUAUCCGCCAGACGGUCGUAGAGGGUGGUGUACCACCAAGAGUGCACUUCGUCAACUACUAUACUGCCAGUACAGGACGACCUAGAAAGCCGUCAUCCUCUCACCAAAGGCUCUCCCCAAGCCCACACGGGAGUCGAUCACCGUCCAGAGAGUCUGGAUCUCGGGCGUCGAUUCGAUCGAAGCGGCAAAGCAAAGAUGGGAGUCUUCAUCCGGAAGACGCUAUUGGCUGCGUGGCGGUCCCUGAAGGCUCAUCAUCUACUGUUGAAGCUGAACGAGAGGAGCAGAACUCUGGCAAAGGACCGCAAGACGGCCAGCUUAGGCCUACCGCAUCUGACCAAGCCGACCAUCCACCGACUGCAACAGAGCUACCUGUCGCCCCGCCACCACUUGGCGAUUUGAGCUACAUUCAAGACGAGAACCUACGAAAGCUCGUCGAGGAUAAUCACAAAAAGGCUGUCGAGAGAUACGAGAAAGCGCUCAAACAGCGGGAGCCGAUUCCUAAAGUUGAGGCCAAGCCACGCGAGGAGCCCAAGGUAGAGGAGCAGCCAGAGUCAAAGCCAGAACCAAAGCCAGCACAGAAGCCAGAAUCAGAAAUGACCCACAUGGAGAAAGAAGCACUGCGACUGGAAAAGGAGAAGCAGCGCAUGGAAGCCGAAGCUCGACGAAUGAGAGGCGAAAAGGAUCCUCCUGCAGAGUCCAAACCGGAACCAGCGCCAGCGCCAGUCAGGCCGUCAGCAUCAGUACGGCCCAGCAUCGAUAGCACGCCUCGGGUCGAAAGUCGAACAGAGUCCUACGCAGCAUCAACCGUCGGAACUGCGUCGACAUAUGGUAGCAGCCUCCUGACUCCUCAAGAAAGUAGGGACAUUGAACCCGCCAAACCCAAGAAAGACCGGAAGUUCUGCACCUUACCGCCCAAAGAUGCCAACGGCGAGCGGGACCCAUGUUGGGUACGAGUCUUCAUGAAGGAUGUGGAUGAAGUUGGAGCCCACUGCGGCCUUUUCUUUGUAGAUGAGAGGUAUGAGCGGCUGGUCGGGGAUGUGGCGGAGAGGAUUGAGAGAUGGGUGAAUGAGGAGAGUGGCUUUCGAGCUUCGAGAGCUCCGCGAGCUGAGAAGUCGUAA